ACUUUUCUCUCCCUCCAAUUCUUCCCUCCAGCACUAAAACCCAUUGAUACAGAGGGAAAAAGAGCAAAAUUCAUUUUACACUAGAAAGUAAAAAUUAAAUUUUUUUGUGAGGUUUGAACAAAGAAUGGGGAAGGACGAGGAUGAGAUGAGAGGAGAGAUAGAGGAGAGACUGAUAAACGAAGAGUACAAGAUUUGGAAGAAGAACACUCCGUUCCUUUACGAUUUGGUCAUCACCCAUGCGCUUGAAUGGCCCUCUCUCACCGUCGAAUGGCUUUCCGACCGGGAAGAGCCUCCCGGAAAAGACUACUCCGUUCAAAAGAUGAUUUUGGGGACUCAUACAUCCGAGAAUGAGCCUAAUUAUCUCAUGAUCGCUCAGGUCCAGCUUCCUCUCCAGGAUGCUGAGAAUGAUUCGCGCCAUUAUGAUGAUGACCGGUCAGAUUCCGGCGGUUUCGGUUGCGCCAACGGCAAGGUGCAAAUUAUCCAGCAAAUAAAUCAUGAUGGAGAGGUUAACCGGGCUCGUUACAUGCCCCAAAACCAAUUUAUUAUUGCCACUAAGACCGUUAGUGCAGAAGUGUAUGUUUUUGAUUAUAGUAAACACCCAUCUAAGCCUCCUUUAGAUGGCGCAUGUAGUCCUGAUUUGAGGUUGAGGGGCCACAACACUGAAGGAUAUGGUUUGUCAUGGAGUCAGUUCAAGCAGGGUCAUUUAUUGAGUGGUUCUGAUGAUGCCCAAAUUUGCUUGUGGGACAUCAAUGCAACUCCAAAGAAUAAGGCUCUAGAUGCCAUGCAAAUAUUUAAGGUUCAUGAAGGUGUCGUAGAAGAUGUGGCAUGGCAUCUGAGGCAUGAAUACUUAUUUGGUUCAGUCGGGGAUGAUCAGUAUCUGCAUGUAUGGGAUCUCAGGACUCCUUCAGUCAGCAAGCCAAUCCAAUCUGUAAUUGCUCAUCAAAGUGAGGUUAACUGCUUAGCUUUCAAUCCUUUUAACGAAUGGGUUGUAGCUACGGGGUCUACAGAUAAGACCGUUAAGUUAUUUGAUUUGCGCAAGAUCUCCAAUGCUCUCCAUACCUUUGAUUGUCACAAGGAGGAGGUUUUCCAAGUUGCGUGGAGUCCCAAGAAUGAGACCAUUCUUGCUUCUUGCUGUCUCGGUAGGAGACUUAUGGUUUGGGAUCUUAGCAGGAUUGAUGAAGAACAGACACCAGAGGAUGCUGAAGAUGGCCCCUCAGAGUUGCUCUUCAUUCAUGGUGGCCAUACAAGUAAAAUUUCGGAUUUCUCGUGGAAUCCUUGUGAAGAUUGGGUUGUUGCGAGUGUAGCUGAGGAUAACAUACUGCAAAUCUGGCAGAUGGCAGAGAACAUCUACCAUGAUGAUGAUGAUUUACCUGGAGAUGACUCCACCAAAGGUUGAAGGAACCAGAAAUUACAGGGAAAUAGAGAAAGGGAAAGCAUCUAGGAGUUUUUUCUCUCAUUUCCUUCUUUCUUCCACCUUUUGUAUCAAUGAGUUUGUGGUUUGAUUUAUUUUUUUUAUUCAACUACUGUUAUAAUUCAGUUUUUGGUUGAUUGAGCUGCACAAUAGGCAAAUUGGGUUCCCUGUGUGAGCAGAGCGAACACUUACACAAAAUUGGUUACCAUGCAUGCUGCCUCACCAUGACCUGUCCCGGCCGGGCUGGGUUUG